AUGGCCGUUAUUAACAACGAUAGCUCUGUGUUCCAGAGAAUUCCCAAUGAACUGGCCAAUAGCAUUUUUGACUUUCUCCCCAAUCGCGACAUUAAGAACCUGCGUCUAAUAUGCCGCUAUCUCGAUCGUCAUGUGCCCUUACGGUUCAAUCGCGUUUUUAUUUCUGCAAAUCCACUUGAUGUUAAAGUCUUCCUUGCAAUCGCAAACCAUGAUACCUUCAGAAAGCAGGUCAAGGAACUCAUCUGGGACGCUACUCUUCAAUCCCCGCGAAGUUGUGGGAAUGAUUCGGAUGACGACUAUGGAUCUGAUGAAGACAGUUCCGAUGACAACGAUUACCAAGGUCAGUCAAGGUUCCAACGAGGCUGCAGGGAAGCAAUCGAAGACGCGGAGUCGCGGCUCGUGGAUAAAGCGGAUGGUAAUGAGCAGCAAAGCUUGCUUGACAACCUUAUGACAUCAGGCAGAGCACUUUCGUACUACGAGCGACUUGUUGAGGAACAGGCUGAUGUUCUGGAAACCCGAGCUGAUGAGGAGGCCGUUUGA